CUUUAUCUCAUUCUUCAUGCUUACAUUAGCCAUUGGUGAUCUCUACAUUCCUGAGCGAGCUCUCGAUUUGCCGGCCAAAUUCCGCAAGUUGUUGUGCCCCAAUCCUCAAAGUAUCCCUACCAAUAGUAAAAUAUCUGAGGUGAUAUGUCUUGGGAACAUCACCAAUUCUGUUGAUACGUUGAAGUUUUUGCAUGAUUUAUCACCUUCGUUGCAUUUAGUGAAAGGUGAGUUUGACGACUUGCCAAUAUUGUCACAGCAGUUGUCGCUGGUGAGCAAGAAAGAUGAGAAUGUUGGUAUAUAUGGGGUAAUAACUCAUGAUAACUUGAGAAUCGGAUUCACCAACGGCUACCAGGUAGUACCCAAGAACGACCCGUUGGCAUUGCUGACGUUGGCGAGAGAAUUGGAUGUAGAUGUAUUGAUUUGGGGAGGAACUCACAAAGUAGAAGCAUAUACCUUAGAUGGCAAGUUCUUCGUGAAUCCUGGAAGCGGAACGGGUGCUUUCAGUUUUGAUUGGCCCGAAUGGUACGAAGAAGAAGAGAACGCAAAGGAAGAAGAAAUAAAGGAAAAUGAAGACGAGGCAAAGCCAGAAAAGUUACAGAAGGCCAAUGUAAUAGACGAACACAUCUUAAGUGAAGUUACCGAGCUCAAUGCCAUAGUUCCGUCUUUCUGUCUUCUUGAUACUUUUGGAUCUACUUGUACUUUGUAUAUCUACACACAUUUGAACGGCGAGGUUAAAGUGGACAAAGUGUCCUACACUAAGGAAUAAGAUGCUUGCACAACGAAUUCCGGGUACUAGUGUUGUAAAUGCCUAAAACUAUUUACGCAACUAUUAUAACAUUGUGGGCAUACACUAUCAAUACAAUACCUGAGAUAGAGUUAAUUUUGAGUAUUCACUCAGAAAGAAAUUUACAGGUAGUUGCUUCUAAGAUAUCAAGUUCUAUGAAUUCUUCGUUCCUUCAUGAGUAGUCAUGGUGAUAAUACUAUAAUAUAUACAUUACAAGUAAAAAUACAGUGGCAGCAAUCAUCU